GCAUUUUUCGUAAGUCACACGUAACCUAUCUUUUGAGCAAUAAGCAUCUCAAUAGCAAGUUGUUCGUAUAAACCAUUGCUUCAAAAUAAAAUUUGACCAACACCUAAUAAAUUUGAAGUUAUGGAGGUGAAAGAUAAUAAUAAAAUGUUCAUAAAAUGUGAAAUUAAACAAGAACUCAUGGACGAAACUUAUUCGAGUGAACAUGUAUUUGGUGAUACAGUUUACAUCAAAUCCGAAAUGAAAGAAAAUUUUGAUUAUGAACGCUACACGAAUGAAAAGAGAGAACAUGCUGACAUUGAAAUCGCUCACAUACUGCUCAGCUUUGCAUCAAAGCCUUUAAUAAAGCCAACAACUCAGUUUGAAAGGAUAGACACAAAAGCUAAUGAUAUUCGUAUCAUUAAACACAAACUCGACCAAGAAAAUAAUGAUAGAUUUAGAGCCAUUCCCAACAACGAGAAUCAACAAUACGACAGUGACAUCGUUAAAAGCAUCCACAACUUAGAAUCUGGUUGUAUAAGGCAACCAGCUCAGUUUGGAAUGACCAGCGCAAAAGAUAAUAUAAAUGAUUAUACAUUUGAUGCAAUUCCCAACAAGUGGAAUGAACAAGACGACAGUGACAUCAUUAAAAGCACCCCCAACUUAGCAUGUAGUAUAAAAAGGCGGCCAACUCGUUUUCUCAGAAGAAUCAACAACGAACUUUCAGCCGAAAAACCGGGAAGCAUAUUUUCUGAGUUUUAUGAGUCUUUCGGCAUAGACUUGGCCUUUCUGAGUAAAUUGACUCCAAGUUUAGAUUUGUUUCCGAAACAAAAUAUCUCCCAUUUGUCAACCGUGGAGAAAUGUGAUUUAAUGGACAAUGAAUAUCUAAAAUAUUAUGAACAACCAAAUGACGCGGAAUUAGAAUGUGAUGAUACAAUGUUGCGUCUGGUGAGUGAUGGGAAGAUCACCGAGGAAGAAAUGCUUACGCUUGCUGUUAGUCGAGAUAAAGAAAUAUAUGUUGAUAUCCUAAUCGAGCAAGAUAUAUACAUUCUUAAAGAAAUUAACGACAGGAUGACGAAAAAAAUGAUGAUGCUGCGAUGGGAGGUGGAACAAUGUUUGCGCUGUACGGAUGGAACAGAAAUUCCAGAUUGGGAUGAACUGUUCCCACAUUGGAUGCUGAAGAGGUCAGAAGGUGAAGAAUCUUCUGAUGAAGAAGAAGAAUACGACGAAGUGGAAGUCGAAGAGAAUGAACAGUUGGAAGGAGAAGAAGGAGAAGACACCGAUGAGGCUGAAAUCGAUAUUGGAGAAAAUGAACCGAUUUCAGCACUUAGUGAUUUUCGAAAGAAAAAUGUGAAAUUAUUGGCAGAUAAUGAUGCAAUGUAUCGAGAAAAAGUGGCUUCGCGGAAAGAUUUCGAUAUGGAUUUGAAUGAAAGUGGUGAAUUUGUCGAAAAAAAAGAAGAAGAGGAAUCCGAUCUCGAAUUGAUUGAAGAAGAAAAAAGAGUAGAAAAAAUUCUACAAUUACAACAUUUACAUGAACGAAACGAGCGUUUGUCUCGAGCUAUGCGUGUGCAAUUUUCAGAAAAUGCUAUUUUUCGGCUUAGAAAUAAUAAAUUUUAAUUAAUAUUUA